UGAGCUACCUGACAAGAACAUUAGAGAUUCUCUUUUAAAGCUGAAAGCUGCAAAGGAUCAAGGGGGUGUUGAUUCUUUUUUGGCUGAGAGUGAGUGGAGAUAUGACAUUGAUGGAUUGUCCCAAACCCUCCUAAUUAAAGAUAAGCUGAUGUUCAUUGAGGAGGUCACCAAAUACUUCAUCAUCACAAAAUGCAAACCAAUGCUUGAUCAGCUCAUUGAAGGCCUCAAUUAUUAUGAUGUUUUGCAACUGGUCCGUGCUAAUAAAGGAAUGGCAAACUAUUUAUUCCAGUACAAUCCAGAGGAAAAGAUGGAUGGCAGCAAGCUGAUAAAAAUCAUGAAACCUAAUUUUUCUCCAAUUGGUCACCAUCUUAGAGAACCACAAGAAAUAAUAAUGGCUAAAUUUAUCGCCUUCAUCAAGUCCAUGGAAGAUGGAAGUUUGCUGGGAAACUUACAUGAUGAAGGAAUCGAGUUGACAGAAGAAGAGGAGCGCUUUGCUUCUGAAGCAACUCCUAAGCAUAUUCUUCUAUUUGCAACUGGUGCAACCAACGUACCUACUAUUGGCUUUGUACCUAAACCAACAAUCACAUUUGUUCAUGAUGAUGGCAAGAUGAUACCAUCAGCUCAGACCUGUUCCAACUCAUUGCAUUUGUAUGUGAACAAGAAGACACUAGAUUGUAGCCUGGCCCAUUGCUUGCUGACAGCUUUAAUGAAUGGAGGAAUAUUUAGUAAAUUGUGAGGAAGAAUAACAAUGUGUCCCUUGUUUUGGGGAUUUAGUUAAACUUUUGCAGAGUUAUGUUACAGACAUUAUUUACAAAUGGUGUGCCAAAAAAAAAAAAAAAAAAAAAUU